AUGGAGAAUAAUAAUUAUAAAAUGAGCAACUUUUUUAAUGAGAAUAAACCAAAUUUGAAUCUCAGUCUUUCUGAUUUUCAACGUUCUUUGGAGAAUCGGGUAAUUCGAAAUGAGACUACUUUUCGAACCGAAAUAUGUCGAAAACUUCGCCAAACGGGAUUUUGUGCUUAUGGGGAUAUGUGUCGAUUUGCGCAUGACGAGUCUGAACUGCGUGUUAGACCUUUUGUUCAUGCUGAAAGAAAUAUUAAUCAAAAUUCUUCUCCAAUAAAAUCACUCCUUGAAUUGAACACAACUUCGUUUAAAGUUAAUAAUAUUAACGAUAUUUCUUUACCAAAUGGUGACAGCGAGAAUAAUAAUAAUACAAAUACUUCAAGUAGUAAUGGAAAAAGUUUAUUUAAUGGACAACUUUCGCCGCCAAUUUUUAAAGAAUUUGCUCAUUGGAAUUUUACGGAGGAAGAUAACAUUACUGAAAACAAUCACUUAUUUACACAGGUAUUUUAA